CAAGUCAACAGGCUGGCCUGCCAGUGCUGACUGACCAAGCAGGAAUCCCCAGUCUGUAAGUAUGACAACAGAUUUGUACGGGUGAAGCCAAGAUACUGAUACUGAAGUCAGAAGUUGAAGGAAAGUAGGAAGUGGACACACAGCCUAGAAGGAGUCCCCUGUCUUUUCUCUAGAAGAAUACAACAGCAUCAAUCUCGUAAGCACUGUUGGAUGAGAACAUGGAUCCAAGUACUAGUGAAAGCAGAAAAAAAGCAGGAUUUCAGUUUUGGAAAGAAACUCUCGAAUCUGCAAAAUAUAUUGUGGCUCCUAUGGUUGACCAAAGUGAACUAGCUUGGCGAAUGCUGAGUCGGCGAUAUGGUGCACAUCUGUGCUACACUCCUAUGUUUCAUGCUUCAGUGUUUGUUAAAGAUGCUAUAUAUCGAAGGGAGUCUCUUCAAACUUGUCCAGAGGAUAGGCCACUUAUUGUUCAGUUUUGUGCCAAUGACCCGGCAACAUUUCUGAAGGCUGCACAACUUGCUGAGCCAUAUUGUGAUGCUGUUGACCUUAACCUUGGCUGCCCCCAAGUCAUUGCCAAGCGUGGUCACUAUGGGGCAUUUCUUCAAGAUGAAUGGGACCUUUUAGCUAAAAUGGUUAAAAUUUGUCAUGAAAAUCUGAAAGUGCCAAUCACAUGCAAAAUUCGUAUUUUUCCAUCUGUUGAAAAAACUGUGCAGUACGCAAAAAUGUUGGAAACGGCUGGAUGCCAGUUACUGACAGUUCAUGGUCGAACGCGAGAACAAAAAGGCAGAUUUACAGGAGUAGCUGAUUGGUCAUAUAUAAAAGCUGUGAGAGAAGCUGUUAAAAUUCCUGUGUUUGCUAAUGGCAACAUACAGUACCUGUCCGAUGUGCUGAGGUGUUUGAAGGAAACAGGCGUGCAGGGUGUCAUGACCGCAGAAGGCAACUUGCAUAAUCCUGCACUGUUUCAUGGAGGCAAUGUACAUAUCUGUGAUAUCACAAUGGAGUAUCUUGAUUACGCUGAGAAAUACCCAUGCCCUCUCUCCUAUAUCAGAGGCCAUGUAUUUAAAAUAUGCCAUCAUGCGCUGACAUCACACAUACCUGUGAGGGAUCUGAUGGCCAAUGCUAAAUCUGUUGCAGAUUUUAGAUCAGCCCUUGAAACACUGAGAGAAUUGUGUCAGAAAGACAUGGAGAAAUAUAAAGAAGAACCUGAGCUGUUUACAAGCAAGUUAAAGCUACCUCUUCCAUAUUGGAUAUGUCAGCCUUAUGUGCGACCAAACCCUGAUGAAGAAGAGGAUGAUGAGCACAAGGAACUCAGGCAGAGACUGAACCUCAAGCGAGCUGAAGACAUGCAGAAAAUCAGUGCUGUUGAAGCGGGCUUGUCAAAUAAUAAACUGAAGAAAAAACUGAAAUGUCCAAACAAAAAUUUUGAUCCUGAUCUGAAGUUGAAGUUUGAAACUUGCAAACUUUGUCAAAAUCCCAAGGGCUUAAAAUGUGAGUACAGUCUUUGUAAAGGAUGUUGCAGAAAAAAAGCUAACAUUGAAAUCUUAAACUGUAUAGGUCAUCACAUAAAGAAGAAAGCUGUGUUUGAAAAACAGAAAGCUGAGUUGUCUGAUACAAAUGAUAAUCUAUUGGCUGCUUGUCAUGGGAGUAAAACACAUAAUGGGUUCACAGAAAAUUUCACAGCUAAAACAGUAUUGGAAGAUAGUAACAAAAGUAACUGUACCACAGAUUUGUUGAGUCAAGUCAACCUUGAAACAGAUAUAUGUGAGCUCUCUUGUACUAACACAACCUGAUCUUUGGUUUGUUUCUUUUGUGUGAAUGUUGACUGGUGUGAAUCAUGCUUUUUAAUAUGUUGUUAAAGUGUUACAGAUUUAAUCUUCACAGUGCAAAGAUAAAAAAUAUGGAAUUUAUUUAUAAUAAUAAAAUAGUUGUCUGUCUUUAAUGUCACUGUAAGAUCUACAUUAAUUAAACUUAAUAUUUUACACAAAUUAAUAUUUUUAUUCUUUUUUUAUAAUUUGCUAGAUUUUCAAAUAAUACUCGAUUGUAUUGAUUUGAAUACUAAGGGUUUUU